AUGGACGGACGAGACGACGUCAAAAAGCGACAUCCCCCGGCCCGGGCCGCAGACGCAGCCACCCAGCCAGCCAGCACCCACACGCGCGGCACCAUGCCGGCUACCGCCGUCGCGCUCCUCCUCUGCUCCCUCCUCGCCGUGGCCGGCGCCGCCAUGGACCCGGCCGAGCGGGAGGCGCUGCUGCGGGUCAUGGAGGCCGUCUCCUCCGACCGCGACUGGCGCUCCUCCUCGGGCACCGACCCCUGCGCCGCGCCCUGGCCGGGGCUCGAGUGCAAGCCCGACGCCGCCGACAAGCGGCUGAUGCGCGUCACCCGGCUCGACUUCGGCGUGCCGCCCAACCCGGCCUGCAGGGAGGUCGCCGCGUUCCCGACCCACGCCUUCUCCGCGCUGCCCCACCUCCAGUCGCUCUUCCUCGUCGACUGCUUCAAGAACCCCGCCAAAACCGCCGCGCUCGCCCUCCCGCCCGCCGCCAACCUCUCCGCGUCACGCCUGCAGCAGCUCAGCAUCCGCUCCAACCCCUCGCUGUCCGGCACGCUGCCGCCGCAGCUCGCCAGCCUGCGGUCGCUACAGGUGCUCACCGUCUCUCAGAACCCGCUCAUCCGCGGCGAGGUCCCGCGGGGCAUCGGCGAGCUCACCGGCCUCGUCCACCUCGACCUCAGCUACAACUCGCUCACGGGCCCCAUCCCGGCGCGGAUCGGCGACCUCCGGAGCCUCCAGGGCCUCGACCUCAGCUACAACUCCUUCUCGGGCCCCAUCCCGAGCAAGCUCGGCCGGCUGGCGCAGCUGCAGAAGCUGGACCUGAGCUCCAACAACCUCACCGGCGGCGUCCCGGCCACCUUCUCCGGCCUCAGAUCCCUCACCUUCCUGGCGCUGAGCAACAACGGCUUGAGCGGCCGCCUGCCCGCGGGCCUCGCCGGCCUCCGGGACCUGCAGUACCUGAUCAUGGAGAACAACCCGAUGGGCGUGCCGCUGCCGCCCGAGCUGGGCGGCAUCGCGCGGCUGCAGGAGCUGAGGCUGGCCAACUCCGGCUACUCGGGGUCUAUUCCGGAGACGUUCGGGCGGCUGACGAGCCUGACGACGCUGUCGCUGCAGAACAACAACCUGACGGGCAGGAUCCCGGCGGGGCUGAGCCGGCUGAAGCGCAUGUACCACCUGAACCUGAGCAAGAACGGGCUGGACGGCGCCGUGCCGUUCGACGGCGCGUUCCUCCGGCGGCUCGGCCGGAACCUCGACCUGAGCGGCAACCCGGGGCUGUGCGUGGAUGACCGGGCCGCCAUGAAGGAGGUCGGCGUGGACGUCUGCGGAGGCGACGGCGGCUCCGGCGCUUCCCCCGGCGGAGCGAUCGCGAGGGGCGGCGCCCUCUGGCCGUCGGCCUCCGCGCUGCUGUGCUGCUGCCUCUUGCUCUGA